CAGAAGAGAAUAGAGAGGCAGACAAGAGAAAGAGAGAGGGAGAACGAAGUGUGCGCGUGAGAGAGGCGAACACACGCGUACACAUACAUACAUACACACACACGCACAGAGAGAGAGAGAGAGAGAGAGAGCAAAGCGAGAAGCGCGCUAGCGAAUCCCACCGCCACCAACAACGUCCUCCUCCUUCCUCCUCCACCAUCUCCACCACUCCAGCAGCAGCGGCAGCCGCGGCAGCUACACUACAGACAGUCACCCGGGGACUCUCCGAUCAUCACUACCAGCGGUCCCGUUGCCGCCGUUUCCGCGCUCAGACGUCGACUCGUGCUAAGAUUUUUUUGAUCGUCUUUCUCCCCAACGGGUAGCUUUUACGUGUGUGGUGGUCUUGAUGCCUUCCCAUCUCGAGAGGUCUUUCUGGAGGUGGCUCCCGUGACGUUCGCAGUGUGCAUGGGGCCGAUUCUGGCCCCUCAGUCGUCUUUCGUUGGGACUGAUCGUCGUCGUCGCCGUCGUUGUGAUCGAGCGUCAACUGGAUGAAGAGGUGGUGGUGGCGUUUUUACUCUUUGAUUUCUGUGGCGUUGUUGACCUCUUCUCCUCCUCCUCCUCUUCUUCUUCUGCUGUGUGGCCAAGACGUAACUCCGAAGGCGACUGGAGUGCCGUCAUCGGUGCAGAACCUUUGAGGCCAGGGUGAUUUUUUUUUUUUUUUCCUUUUUUAAUUUGAAAAGUAGCGACACAGUGUUACCAAGAAAGUGAAAAUUGGACAACACAGGGGAAGGAGAAACAAGUCAGGAGGAGAAGGAGGGGAGAGAAAGAGUAGUGACAAUGGGUGGCGCCGACCACAUGGUUUAGUGGACAAAGUGAAGAGUAGGAGGAGGAGGAGGUGGCCAGGGCCGCGCUCUAUGCUGGCCGCCGCCACAGACGGCUGAACACAUUGCUAUAUGCCCAUCAAGACGGGUCGACGCAAGCAACCCGUCACCACGGGGUUGGGGGCCCCAGGGGACCAUGACAGCCUGCCACCCCCAGCCCCGCACAUGAUGCCCGGUGCCACGGGCCCUACUGCUCCCAUAGGCGGGGACACCGCCCCUGUUGGGUCGGGCAAUAUGCCCCAUGGCCCGCAGGGGGGACCAGGAGGACUCGGGGCACAUCCGGGUCAUGGCCCACCGGGCUCAUCCGCUGGCUUCUUCCACGGUCCAGGCGGCCCUGGGGGACCUGGAGGACCAGCGGGACCAACUGGACCUGUCGUGUCGGGACCGGGACCUGGAGGUCCGGGUAUGCCAACCCAUGGGAUGCCCAACGGACCGCAAGGCCCACCCGGACCCGGAGGGCCUGGCCCUGGCAUGAUGGGCGGCCCCGGUCCUGGUGGACCCGGGCCUGGAAUCCCCAUGCAUGGGCCAGGUGGCCCUCCGGGACCCAUGAACCCGGCCUUCUUCAGAAGGCACACACCAUAUUUUGGUCAACCUGACUAUCGCCUUUAUGAGCUUAAUAAACGGCUACAACAAAGAUCUGAGGAAUCAGAUAAUCUGUGGUGGGAUGCAUUUGCAACUGAAUUUUUUGAGGAUGAUGCCACCCUCACCCUUACCUUUUGCCUUGAAGAUGGCCCCAAAAGAUAUACCAUUGGGAGAACCCUAAUACCACGGUAUUUUAGAAGCAUCUUCGAAGGUGGUGUCACGGAGCUAUACUACACCUUGAAGCACCCCAAAGAAUCCUUUCACAAUACCUCAAUCACACUAGACUGUGACCAGUGCACGAUGGUCACUCAUCAUGGCAAAUCUAUGUACACGAAGGUUUGCACUGAUGGUCGACUUAUUUUAGAAUUUACCUUUGAUGACUUGAUGCGAAUCAAGUCGUGGCAUUUUGCCGUCCGUGCCCACCGUGAAUUAAUUCCUCGGUCCGUUGUGGCCAUGCACUCCCAGCAAGACCCUGGCAUGGUUGAGACCCUUAGUAAGAAUAUAACACGGCAGGGCAUUACCAACCACACCCUCAACUACCUCAGGUUAUGCGUUAUACUGGAGCCUAUGCAGGAACUGAUGUCCAGACACAAAGCAUAUGCUUUGUCUCCACGUGACUGUCUCAAAACUACUCUUUUCCAAAAGUGGCAGAGAAUGGUUGCACCUCCAGGUGCAGCUAAUCAAGCAAAUGGUAAAAAUGGUGCCGAUGGAGAAACUCAACGAGCACCUAACAAACGGCGAAAAAGGAAAGGAUCACAAUCAGGUCAAAACACAACAGCAAAUUCUACAGGUUCCGGUAAAAAAAGAUCGCCAGGACCCAACUUUAGCCUUGCCACCCAAGUCUCCCAGGAUGUGAUGGUUGUUGGAGAGCCUUCAUUGAUGGGUGGCGAGUUUGGCGAUGAAGAUGAACGUCUCAUAACGCGCCUAGAGAACACUCAGUACGACACAACUUCCGUAGAGGAUACUGGAAAUGGUGGUGCACCGCAAGGAGCUGGACCUGGCGGUCCUGGACCUGGACCUGCAGGUCCGACACCAUUCAACAACUCUCCUAUGACAUCUGGACCAGGUGGACCCUGGCCUGACCCAGCACGACAGCCCCAGGAAGCAGACAAAAAAUCUCCUGCAAUAAGUCAGUAACACAAAAAGAACAUAACAAUGAAGUAUUAAAUACAGCUAUUUUUUGUAGCUGGCCUUUUAAUUGAAUAGCAUGUUGUUGAUGUACAAGCAAACAAAAUAUGAAAAAGAAACUGAGGACAGUUUAGUAUUUCUUUUAAAGAAAAUUGUACUUGCUUACGGACAGUGUAUUUAAAUUUUGUCAUAUUAUGUUCUUUUCAUGUGAAGAAUGCAUUAAUUUUGUAUGGCAUUACAAUCUAUGCAGGCCAUGUUUUACAAAUUCUGUCUUUCUUUUAUCCAAAGCUUUAAAAUUUGAAAUAAAACUCAAUGCGUAACUUGAAGAGCAGCCCUUCAUAUACUUCCCUACAUAUGAAGCUUUAGUUGGGGUACGACUUAUGUGACACAAUCUUACCAUGAAGGAAGUAAAGGAUAUAAUUUUAUAAGAUACAAAGAAUAGGAUUAAAUCAUACUCCUCAUUCUUUAAUUGCCUUUGUUAGCAUUGUUAUCUACUACAGACAGCAGUUUAUAACUUUUGUAUCUUGAAGAAAAUAGGGACCAAGUUAUGGUCAAAGUUUCAAAGUUAGGUAAUCUGGCAUUUUCAUUUCUGUCUCAUAUACUUGUCAAGGUUAUAAGGCAGAUGCAUUUUUAUUGUUUACGAAAUGUUAUAUAGUACCUUGCCAAUACAGUUGUCUUGAGAUAUGGUAGUUGUUCCUUUAUACUAUGUGAUGAUUAUGUAAAGUAUUUAUAUAUUCAAGCAUGGAAGGGAAAUUUAUGUAGCAAAUUUGGGAGAAUGUUUCAAAACAAGAAUUAUGUUGUAUGUGUAUAUCAGUGGUAAUCUAAGUUAUAAAUUUAAACUGUGGUUCUUGGCCUGCACUAGCAAUAUUCUUUGGGAAUGAUGUAAAGGCAUGAAUUCAGGUGUAUAAUUAUAUAUAUA